UUUGGUCACUCUAACAAAAUUAUAUUAUAAAAUUUGACAAGUUUAUUUCUCGACGGCUGGAAUUUUUAGGUAAGAGAUGUUGCGCAGAUCGCUGAUUCCAUAUUUUAGUCCUGCCCAAUGGAGCCGACACAUGUCUGUGGUUGCCAAGUCCCUUAAAUACUGUGAGCAUGGAGAACCACUAGACGUGCUCAAGCUGGUUGAAGACGAACUGCCGGAUCCGAAGGGCAAACAGGUCCUGGUAAAGAUUCUGGCUGCCCCAAUCAACCCAGCCGAUAUAAACACAAUUCAAGGAAAAUAUCCAGUGAAACCAAAGUUUCCAGCCGUUGGGGGAAAUGAGUUCGUGGGCGAAGUGAUAUGCGUGGGUGAAAAUGUCAAGGAUCUUAAGGCGGGUCAAAAUGUCAUUUUACUAGCAACAGGUCUUGGCACGUGGACAACUCAUGGCGUCUAUAACGCGGACCAGCUGCUGGCUGUGUCCAAGAAAGUGGGCCUAGCAGAGGCUGCCACAGUGGCUGUAAAUCCCUGCACUGCUUAUCGUAUGUUGAAGGAUUUUGUGGAGCUGUGUCCAGGCGACACGGUCAUCCAGAACGGAGCCAACAGUGCUGUGGGGCAGGCAGUGCAUCAGCUGUGCCGCGCCUGGGGCAUAAACAGUAUUGGCAUCGUUAGGGAUCGCCCGGAGAUAGCCGAACUUAAGGAGAUGCUAAAGUGCCUGGGUGCCACUGAGGUUCUGACAGAGGCUGAGAUCCGCAAAAGUGACAUUUUUAAAACGGGCAAGGUGAAGAAACCACGCUUGGCCUUCAAUUGUGUGGGUGGUAAGAGCGCCACGGAAGUCUCGCGGCAUUUAGACCAGAAAGGCGUAAUGGUCACCUACGGUGGCAUGUCGCGGGAGCCGGUGACUGUUGCUACUGGUCCACUUAUUUUUAAGGACGUUUCGUUUAGAGGCUUUUGGAUGACUCGCUGGGCCAAGGAGAACUACAACGCUCCCGCACGUUUCGAAAUGUUCAAGGAAAUCUUUGAACUUAUGGAGAACGGGAAGUUUGUCGCUCCCGCGCACGAGAUGGUGCCACUGGAAAAGUUUCAAGAUGCAGCGGCAGCGGCCCUGAGUUUUAAAGGAUUCACGGGCAAAAAGUUUAUUUUGGACAUGAGCAACUAGGUGCAGGCUGAGCCUCCAUCUUUAAUUGUUAUUUACAUGAAAGGAGAACCCAAAUGGGUUUCCAAUGUGAUUAAAUAAAACUUAGACCAUUUCGAUUUCA